AUGAGAGGAGCCGCGACAGGAAUUGGCGGAGCAGAGCUGCUGGCCGGUGCUUCUGGUGCUGGCAGUAGCAAGGAAAAGGAAGAGGGAGAGGAAGACGCCGUGUUAGAGCUUCUGAAGUUGGAAGAGCAGCUGAAUGCGACGAAUACGUGGCUGGAGACACUUCAGCUAGGUCGACUAGGUCAGUCCACUCGGGCAAACGGAGGCGCAGCAGAGCAAGCGGUUGAGCAAGUGGAAGAGGAAGGGGAUGAGGAAGAGGAAGAGGACGAGGAAGAGGAAUAUGCUGUGACAGACGCAAGCCUGUCGCUGACAAUGCAGAAGUUGGAAGAGCGGGUGAAGGCUCUUAUGAUGCGGCAGAGGGGACCCUGCUCUGGAGUCCAGAUCGACCAGGGUGAACCGGAUCAGCCCGAUCAGGCAAACGGAGGGGCAGCAGAGAAAGCAAGAGCCGAGGAAAGUCCGAAGCCGCUUCAGCAGCUGUGCCGUGCGGACAUGGUUCACUACUUGGAUGUGAUGAAUGGGUGGGACGAGGAUCUGUGCGGGUGCUGCUUUGACCGUGCAGUGAGUCCGCGAGCACAGCGAGCACUUGCCAUGAAGAACCUGGAGGACUUGCGUUUCCACCUGCGCAAUCUGCAGCCUCGUUGCAUCCCCGCAGCAGAUCCCACGCAGCAGCAGCAUCAUGAAAUGUUUUCUCAGGAGCAGUUUGCGUGGAAGGCAGAGAUGGCGCCUCGCCUUUGCGCAGAAGGGAUGUUUCUCGAGUGGAUGGCUGAGCCUCGUGUGGCAAUCGCCACUGAGCUGGGGGCGAGCAGGCAGAGGGAGAGUGACAACUUUGCGUCCAUGCUGGUGCAGGUGCUGGGGGUGAAGGAGAGUGCUGAUCUGCAGGAGGGGUUUGGGUUCUUUGUGCAGCAACUGCUGUCAGGCGGGCUGGAGGAGGCGCAUGCAGAGAGGAGGGGGGGAGCUGGGGGAAAGACAGCUGAGAAGGUGGAUAAGGAGGGGAAGCGGAAGGGGGGAGCUGAGGGGAAGGCUUCUGAGAAGACGCAUGGGGAGGGGAAGGCGUCAUAUGGGAAGGAUGAUGGGAGACACGGAGAGGAAGAGGCAGGGAGCAAGGUGGCUAGGAAGAGGCUUCUGCAGCAUGGCUUGAAGCAGACAAGGGGGAUGAAUGGAGUGGCAGCAGCAGAUGUAGGAAGAACCCCGCCUGCUGCUGCUGUUGCUGCUGCAAGCGCUGAUAUGGAUGCUGUACUUGUGCCUGUCAAUCGAGGCCCUGUUGUUGCUGCACUCACCUAUCGGGUCGGUUGCAUCUUGCAGUGGGUCCGAGUCUACGGCUCAGAUUCCAUCUCGGAGAAACGGUGCUUCAAGGACUGCCCUCAGAGCAACGUCCGGCCCAUGCGCCACCCGCUUCGGGACCUUCCGAGCCUGCUGGUCAGGUUCGGCGCCAUCCCCAAGCCUCUGGAGGGAAGCGGCGUUCCUUUAGAGUGGGAGGAGUGGCCUGGGGGCGGCGAAGCUGCUGUGAAGUUUCCUGUCAACCGAAAGGAGAGGUGUGUUGGGCUUGGGAUUGUGGAGGAGCGUGGUGAAGCAGGUGAGAAGCUGACCCAGGACCCUCGUCAGCACAUACCUGAAGCAGGAGGGAGGUGCAGGCGUGCAAGAGGGAAAGGGUGUAAGGCAGUACGCCAAGGAGCUGGUGUGGAAGCCGAACAGAGCAGAGCACGUGGGAGAGGUGAAGCAUCUCGAAAUGAUGAGCAGAGAGUAAUACUACCGCCCGCCAGGAGGAAGCUUCCCAUCGUUCGCUGCCUGGCAGAUGUGGACUUCCUGGUGGGGUUUGCCGGGUAUAUCAUGCACCCUCGGGCAUGCACCCAGUGCUGCACCUGCUCUGCAGAAUUCAUACAGUCUGUGUGCAUGGCUGCUCUCAUCGCCAACUUCGCUCGCGUGCUCUCAGCCUUCCCGCCAUCCUCCCCUGGCUUCGACAAGCUGGUUGAGUGCCUGGACCUCCCUGCACGCCUGCCCAGGCCUGUGAACCUGCAGAUGCUGCUCAGCCGGGCGGAGCAGGUGCCUCUGUACUUCCUCAUUCACAUGGCCGUGUGGUGCGCUCGUCAUCUUCUGGAAAGCUAUGAGUUGGAGCAGCAAUGCAGUGGAAACGAGCAGGUAGUGCAGUCAGGUGCGCGGAAAAAGGGUGUAGAGAAAAGGGGGAAAGGUGGGAGGGUGAGGGGGCAAGGCCUCUGGGAUGGUGAGGUGGAUCAGGAGAACGGUGGAGAGGUGUGGGAGGAGGUGCGGAUGUGGUAUUGUGCAGCAAUGGCUGUGUGGAGUUUCAACAAGGGAAGCGAGGGAGAGAGUGAGGAGUGCAGGGGCAGCAGGAAGCGGGAGGGACUGGCUAAGGGGUGUGACAUCACAUGGAUUCUUGAGGCAGCAAUCACCCCGAGGUACUGUGAGGGGCUGCAAGGGCAACGUGGGUCUGCCAGGGGGAGCAGCAACUGUGAGUGGAUGGGCAGCAGCAGCAGCAACAGCAACAGCAGUGAGAAGAAGAGGAAGGGGAAGGUGCCCGCUUAUCUGAAGGCGUGGCCGGGUGGAGUGAUUCUGGUGGCAUGUCUGCGAGAAAUGCUGCUGGGGGAGCCGUGCUACCGCCCUGCCUCCCAUGCUGCAAUGUCCGCCCCUGCUACUGCUUCCACCCAUUCUGCUGCUGCUAUGGCUUCUUGUCCUACUGCCCCUCCCAACCCCACUGCAAUAAGCAUCAGUGCUGCUACUGCUGCUGCUGCUUCAGAUGUCCAAGGCUGUCGUAUUGCAGCAGAGAGUGCCAAAAGGCGCACUGGCCCUCCCACAAGCUCGCAUGCCCCGGCAGGAGCAGCGGGAAGAGGAGUGGGAUGGAUGCGAGCAAGGGUGGCAGCAGCCAGCAGUAGUAGUGGCACUACGAUUGGCAAGGUGAGUGGGCAAGGCGGGGAGGCAAGGUGGGGAGGCAAGGUGGGGAGGCAAGGUGGGGAGGCAAGGUGGGGAGGCAAGGUGGGGAAGCAAGGUGGGGAAGCAAGGUGGGGAAGCAAGGUGGGGAAACAAGGUGGGGAGGCAAGGUGGGGAAGCAAGGUGGGGAGGCAAGGUGGGGAAGCAAGGUGGGGAAGCAAGGUGGGGAAACAAGGUGGGGAAGCAAGGUUCUCGUUUGCCUUCGUUCUCUAG